AUGUAUAACCGUCCAAAUUCUAAGUAGAGGUAUUAACAGGACCCAAACAUAGACUAAAUCAACCUUAAAGAAAAAUAGUUAUAUUUAUAAUCAAGCAGUAUAAGUAAAAAUCAAACUUUUAUUAUUUAGAUCCAUUAACAGGAGCAGUUCUUAGAUCUGAUCAAUAUCAAUCAUAUAAUCAAACAAAUUAAAACAAUCACAACCUUGAUAAGAAAAUUGCACUCCAAACAAGCUCAAUAAGUUCCACCUUUUCCUAUUCUAUUAGAUCCCUUAACUGGAGAACCCCUUAUCAGAAACGCUCCUGUGUAUCAAAGUGAGUCUCACAAUUCUAAAUAUGCACCAUAUGGAACAUCUGCAAAUGCUGGAAAUUAUACCACAUCUGCUGGUCAAAUUGGAGCACCACACAACUCCAAAGAUGACCCUCAAUUCCAGAGAAACUUAAUUAAAUUCUUUGCUGCUGAUGAUCCAAAUCAAAUUCAACCCAAACAUCCAAAGAAAACUACCAAUCCCAUUCCAUCAGAUCCUUCAUUCUAAAGAAAUCUUGUAAAAUUCUUUGCUGCUGAUGAUCCUAGUUCUCCACAUAAAGCAAAUAACCAUAGACCAAACUAAUCAAGAUCUAAUUAAUUAUAAUAAUAAUCCUAUCCAUAGUAGUCCUAGACAUCUAAUUUAAAUAAUAAUUAAUAAUUCUAAUCAAACUUGAACAAAUUUUUUGCAGCUGAUGAUCCUACCAUAAUAAAAAAAUCAAAUUAACAUAGUAACUAAGAUAAAUCCUAUUAAUAAUCUAGACAUUAAUCAAAUUAGUUUUAAGAGGCUAAUUUUAAUAAUAAUAAUGAUCCUUAAUUUGAAAAAAACUUAAUUAAAUUCUUUGCAGCUGAUGAUCCAUCUUAACCAAAAAAAAUUAUUCAUUAAUAAACACAAUAAUAAUAGUAAAUUAAUCUUAUUGAAUAAAAUAAACUUUCAAGAUUAGAAUAAGAUCCAAGAUUUUAAAAAAAUCUAUAAUAAUUUUUUGGAAUUGAUGGUGGUUAAUAACCAUUUAAAGGAGGAUAGUAAUAAUAAUUAUAUUUUUAGAGGGGUCUAAGGGGCCAUCUAAUAAAUAAAUAAGACAAAUAAAGUUAUUGCCAUUACAGAUAGUAGUUCAGCAGCUAGAAAUUAAGUUGCAGCCUUCUUUAGAACCAGAGGAAUUGAUGACUUUGAUGUUUUUACUGUUCCAGGAGGUGUUUUUGGUUUACAAAAUAAUUAAAUUUGGGAAUCAAGUUUAAAAUAUUAUAUGGAAACAAUGAAUGCAGCCUAUGACAUUCGUGAAAUCUAUAUCUUAUCUGUAUUAGAUAAUAAUACUGUAUAUAGAAUUUAAUAUAUCUUAGAAUGCUAAAAUUUAUGUUAAUGUUAAUGAUAAAAGAUCACAUUAAAUUGCCAUCUCUGAUUUUAAGACCAUACUUGAAACCCGACUCAACAUUUAACAUAAAUUAAAUGGAAUAAUUAUCGAUCAAAGAGGAGCAUCAGAGAAGGUUUUUUGA